AUGAAGAACCUCAUUACCUACACCCUCGCCGCGACCCUGGUCGCUGGCGCCACCGCCCAGCACCAGCACAGGCACCAGCACGUCCGUCGCGGUGGCUCCAAGGUCGUCAAGCGCGAUCCCGCCGUUGUAACCGAGUACGUUGUCGCCGCCACCGAGACGAUAUACGAGCUUGAGGGCAAGAAGCUUUCCAACGACGAGGCCAAGGCCGGAAUCCAGGAAGGCAACCUCGUGGUUGUUGGCGAGUCUAACCCUACUUACACCGCCCCCGUCGUGGUCGAGACCUCCACCUCCGCCGUUGAGACCUCUACCUCUGCGGAGGCCAGCCUGGGCGCCCAGUUCUACGAGUCCAAGUCCGCCGAUCCCACUACCUCGACGACCUCGAUCGCCACGUCGUCUACCUCAACCUCCACCUCGGCUGCUGCCACCUCCACCCAGGAGGUUUCCAUCUCAUCCGAGUCCAGCUCGUCAUCGUCUUCCAGCGGCUCUGGAGUUGGGAGCAAGUUCCCCAGCGGCACCAUCAAGUGCAGCGAGUUCCCUUCGUCUUACGGUGCCGUUGCCCUUGACUGGAUGAACUUCGGUGGUUGGUCUGGUAUCCAGUACGUCCCUGACUACACCGUUGGUGACAUCUCCAUCUCCACCAUCGACACCGCCGUUUCUGGUGACUCUUGCACCAAGAAUGCCAUGUGCUCGUACGCGUGCCCCGUCGGCUACCAGAAGACCCAAUGGCCCUCUGCCCAGGGCGCCACUAAGCAGUCUAUUGGUGGUCUUUACUGCAACAGCGAGGGUUACCUUGAGCUGACCCGUGAGGGUUACUCCACUCUCUGCGAGCAGGGCGCUGGCGGCGUCACUAUCAAGAACGAGCUCUCCGAGGGCGUUGCCACCUGCCGAACCGAUUACCCCGGAACCGAGAACAUGGUCAUUCCCGCCUGGGCUGCUGCUGGCAGCACCAUCAGUGUCUGCAACCCUGUCCAGGAGAACUACUACAUCUGGGACGGCUCUGGCACCUCUGCUCAGUACUAUGUCAACAAGAAGGGUUACACCAACGAGGAGGCUUGCGUCUGGACCAGCUCCACCGAUUCUGAUGGUGCUGGUAACUGGGCGCCCAUCGUCCUCGGUGUUGGCCAGGCUUCCGAUGGCAACACCUACAUCUCCAUCUUCCAGAACUUGCCCACCAGCACUGCCAAGCUCGACUUCAACAUUGAGAUCAAGGGUGGCAACAGCAAGUGCUCGUACAUUGACGGUGUCUGGACUGGCGGCUCCUCCGGCUGCACCACUACUAUCAGUGAUGGUGGCUCGGCCGUUGUCCGAUACUACUAA